AUGGCAAAUAAGGGAGCAUCUUCGUCAAAUCCUACUGCUACAUGGAAUGCCCACAAUAUAUCUAUAUUUUGUGAUCUAUGCAUCAAGGAGGUUGAGGCCGGACAUCGUCCGGGCACUCACUUUGACAAAGAAGGAUAUGCAAAUAUUAGAGCUAACUUCAAGGCAGAGACAGGGCAUGAUUAUGAAAGAAAGCAACUGAAAAAUAAGUGGGAUGCACUUAAAAAUGAGUGGAAGUUGUGGAAAGAGCUAGUUGGUAAAGAAACUGGCCUAGGGUGGAAUUCGAACAAGGGUACCAUAAACAAAGAAUAUGGAAAAUUGCGAAAAAAGGGCAUUAGUCCUGAGAUGGAGGAAAAGUUAGAUAGGAUGUUCUCGAACACAGUUGCUACCGGUGAACAUGCCUGGGCACCUUCAUCUGGAGUACUACCACCAGAGACAAGAGAGGAAUCCAUAAGACAAAUUGAUUUAGAUGAUGAGGAAGAAAGUGAGACUAUGCAAGAUCUAAGGCAAGCUACUAGGAAGGGAAAAAAAAGAGCGACUAACCAAGGAGAAUUACAAAAGAAGGUUGAUAAGAAAGGAAAAAAAAUUGGAGGUGUUGCAAAACUUUCUAGUCAAAUUGACCGUCUUGUUGAAGUUUAUGAAAGUAGGAGUUCUGCAAACUCAUUGAUGAGGCCGCUAAAUUUAGGCAGUAGUAUUGUGGAAGUGAUAGCGUCUGUUGCAAAAUUGCCUGGUUGUGAGCCACCUAGCGAGCUAUGGUUGUUUGCUACAUGUUUAUUUUGUAGUGCAGAGAAGCGAGAGAUGUUUGCCACUAUGAAAGAUCCUGAAGUGCAGCUAACUUGGUUGAAAUAUAUGUUCAACAAAGAACAAUAA